CAAAACAUCCCCGAUAGGGAGGUAAACAUUAACCAGACCUGUGUGUUUGCGUAUCGAGAAGAGUUUUUACUUUACAGAGGAACAUGGCGACGACCAGUUCUGUGCGGUCUAAGGGACAGAUGUUGUACAGGUAUUCUGUGAAUCUGCACCAAUCCUCGACCAGGAGGUUUUCAGAGAGCAGUGACAAAGGCUGGUUCCGUUCCUUAUUUGUGCACAAAGUCGAUGCCAGAAAAGAUGCCCACUCCAACCUGCUGUCAAAGAAAGAGACCAGCAACCUGUAUAAAAUUCAAUUUCAUAACGUCAAACCAGAGUGCCUGGAAGCAUACAACAGUCUAGAGGCUGAGGUGCAAACCAGGCUCCAUCAGGACCAGGACUACCCAUGUGAGGUGGUUGGAAGCUGGAAUACCUGGUACGGAGAACAGGACCAAGCUGUGCAUCUAUGGCGAUACAGAGGAGGCUACCCAGCCUUGACUGAAUGCCUGAAGAAACUGAACAAUAACAAGGAAUAUUUAGAGUUUCGGAAAGAGAGGGCGAAAAUGUUGAUUUCAAGGCGAAAUCAGCUCCUCCUGGAGUUCAGUUUCUGGAAUGAACCCUCUCCCAGGCCAGGACCCAGCAUUUAUGAAAUGCGCACCUAUCACCUAAAGACAGGAACUAUGAUUGAAUGGGGAAACCACUGGGCGAGGGCCAUCAAAUACAGACAGGAAAACAACGAAGCAGUGGGCGGGUUCUUCUCACAGAUUGGCGACCUGUAUGUUGUUCAUCAUUUGUGGGCUUAUGAAAGCCUUCAGUCCCGCAAUGAGACCAGGAACUCUGCCUGGCUUAAGGAGGGAUGGGAUGUAAAUGUAUAUUAUACAGUGCCUUUGAUCAGAAGCAUGGCUUCUAGAAUAAUGAUUCCCACCCAGAGUUCACCUUUGCAAUAAGAAGAUGAAUGCAACUGGGAGCCUCUCUGACUAAAACUCACCUACUGCCAGACGACGUGUAGAUUUUUUUUUUAAUCUGCUGGAGGAUCUGUGUUACAUUCAAGUAUGUAAACAAAAACAUUUUCUGAUGGUAUGUUUGCAGCGGUCAGCCAGUCUUUACAAUUAGUAAUGCAGGGUUUCAGUGCAUACUUUGAGAAUCCUGAAAAGCCCUUGUUUAGGUCAAAUAUGUGCAAAAAAGCAAUGACAAACCGACACAAUGAAAUGCCAGAUUAUAUGUUUUGCAUUACUUGCAUGUGUAUUACACUGUAGAGUGAUAAUUACAUGACUGUGUUGAGCUAGGUAUGGUAUGUUUCCUGCUUUUUGUUUAUACCAUGAGUUAUGGUAACGGACGGUGUAUUUGUUUUUCACAAUGAAGGAAUAGUCUCCACCCAGCCUUUUAUGGGUGCACUUUUAUGACCAGAUAUAUAUCACUCUGAAUUAGAUCACAGUGAGCUUCACAACUGUCACUGUGAAAUUCAUGUUUGAUUUAACAAAAAAAAAUCGGACUACCUCAAUCAUUAAAAUAUCCAAAUUUUGCUGAUUCAAAAAAUUCUAAUUUACAGUAAUGUGUAAAGAGCCUAAGAGGAGCGACUGUGUAACUUCUGGUAUGAAGUGGUCAGUAUUUUCAAAAUAAAAGUUGAGUAACACACA